AUGCGCUCAGUUCUACUACUAUCCACCCUUGGCUGCGCCUUCUUCAGCGCCAUUGACGCUUUCAAGUUCACUGGUCCCGACUCGGACGAGAAACUUAACAUCACUCAACCUAUCACCAUCUCAUGGGACGCCAAAGGUGGAGACCUGAACGAACCAGAAGCCCGCGCCCUAAAUCUCUGGUUUUCUGCGCUUGUCAACACGACUCGAGGCGGUUGGGAAAUUGCCUCGAACCUGAGUCUGUCAUCAGGCUCUUAUAAAUGGGACCCUAACAGCCUUGUCCAAAUUAUGAAGGACCACUACACGGUCUCGCCAAACGCGGAGCAUUACUUUGAGGCUAAGCUGAUAGGUAGUACUGGGAAUAUGCUGGCAACCGUCGAGACCGAAAAGUAUGCCUUGGAGGGUUACGAUUUUAUCAGAAACAGUGGUGGAAAGGGAGCCCAACCUGGGUUCUACACUACUGUUGCUAUGGCAGUGAUGGCGGGAGUGGUGGCUGGUGGUGUCAUAUAA